AUGCAAUUAGAUUAUUGCAUUUUUGGAAGCAUCCAGGCCCAGGCCCCCCGCCAGCUGGGUGCCCCCCCCCGGAGAGUGGGGGAGGGGAAAAAGACAGGCCCCCCCCCCCGACCCCUCCACAUGAGCCCAGGUGCUGCCGGUCCAGCGGCCAAGGAGCUACUGAGCUGCCCCGGGCUGGGGGGAGGUGUCCCGGGGCGCUGGACCCGCCCACUCCUGAGGCAGCCCACCAAUGGCCGGGGAGUGGGAACCCACAGGAGCCAUGGGAUAGCUCUGAGCAGCAUCAACGCCCUGAUCCACCGCGUGAGGCUGACGGCAGCUGGCCUGGAACGAAGCGCCCUAACAGACCAGGCCCUGCUGGACGCGCUGGUUGCUUACAGGCGCAGAACGACCAUGGAGCUGAAAUCGGCUCUGAAGGAGCAUCAGGCAAAAGCUUGUAACCCCAAAACCUGUGGCUGGCUCUACUAUGACGUCUUUGACUGCACCAAUUGCAGGAAGGCCAAAGCCGUGUGUUUGAAGCAGCACCACUGCCUUGUGGACUCCCAGGCCCGGCUCUCCCUACGGUACCGGCCCCCGGCCCCCGGCCCACCCAUCGCCCGGACUGGCGUCUCCGUGGUGCUCUGUAUGGGCGCCUUGCUCUUCCUGGCGCUGAGUGUCGCGGCUGUCACCUACUGGAGGAACCAGCAGUCCCUGAGGCAGUAGGACCCACACACCCCACACACACCGCCCGUCCCAGGCCCCAGCAGCUGGCUGGGGACAGGGCUGGACGGACACCGGAGCCCCCAAGGAGGAGAUCACAGACGGGGGCGCUAGCUCCGGCUGUUAGCCCCCAGCUCCCCAAAUCUCAGAUCCUCUCCCACCCCUGCUCUACUCCAGCUGGAAAUUAAACACAGACAACAAGG